UCCCCCUGCGCACGUGGGGUUGGCGGUGGCAUUUGGUCUCCGCAGCCAUGGCGGCCAAUACCGGGAACCUGCCGAUGCGGCUGCUGCGCAAGAAGCUCCACAAGCGCAACCUCAAGAUUCGCCAGCGCAACUUGGCCCGGCAAGCGGCGGGGGCGGCGGAUGGCGCGAUGGGCCCCGGGCCCUCCGGAGCAACAGUUGAGGGCACCGCGGAAGACUUUUCCAGCAUCUCAGAAGCAGCAGCUGAAGAACAAAAAACAGAGAAUGUGGAACAGACUAAAGUAACACCAAACAAUGGUGAGGCUGGAAACACACAGCCUGAGUUAAAAAAGAAGAAGAAAAAGAAGAAAAGAAAAAUUGUGGCUGAUACAGAAAAUGAAACUAAGAAAGCAAAAAUGGAGGAAGAAUGCACUGAGGAAGAAGACACCUUAAAUGGGGAGCCCAAAGAGGAAAGUAGUGAAAGUUUGGAUGAGAAAGAAGUUUCUGAAGAUGCUGAUGGACCUGCUUUGCCUCUAGGACUAACAGGUGCUUUUGAGGAUACGGCGUUUGCUUCCCUUAAUGGCCUUGUCAGUGAGAACACGUUGAAAGGAAUAGCUGACAUGGGCUUUACCCACAUGACAGAAAUUCAACAUAAAAGUAUUAAACCACUCGUGGAAGGCAGAGAUAUUCUAGCAGCUGCAAAAACCGGCAGUGGCAAAACUCUGGCAUUUCUUAUUCCAGCCAUAGAACUCAUCUACAAGUUAAAAUUCAUGCCCAGGAAUGGAACGGGCGUCCUCAUCCUUUCGCCUACUCGGGAACUUGCCAUGCAGACGUAUGGUGUCCUCAAAGAAUUGAUGACUCAUCAUGUCCACACUUACGGCCUGAUAAUGGGAGGGAGUAAUAGAUCUGCCGAGGCACAGAAACUUGCAAAUGGCAUUAACAUCAUUGUGGCAACUCCAGGCAGGCUUCUGGACCAUAUGCAGAAUACUCCAGGGUUUAUGUUCAAGAACCUGCAGUGCCUGGUGAUCGAUGAGGCAGAUAGAAUUUUAGAAGUGGGAUUUGAGGAAGAAAUGAAACAGAUCAUUAAGCUCCUACCAAAGCGUAGGCAGACCAUGCUGUUCUCUGCUACACAAACCCGUAAAGUUGAAGACCUGGCCAAGAUUUCUCUAAAAAAAGAGCCAUUGUAUGUUGGGGUUGAUGACAAUAAAGAGACAGCAACCGUAGAUGGGCUUGAACAGGGUUAUGUAGUGUGCCCUUCAGAAAAGAGGUUCCUCCUGCUUUUCACUUUCCUCAAGAAGAAUCGGAAGAAAAAGCUGAUGGUGUUCUUCUCUUCGUGUAUGUCUGUGAAGUACCAUUAUGAACUUCUUAACUACAUUGAUCUCCCGGUCCUGGCCAUUCACGGCAAGCAGAAGCAAACAAAGCGCACAACCACUUUUCCGUUCUGCAAUGCAGAUUCUGGAAUAAUCUUGUGCACAGAUGUAGCUGCUCGAGGACUGGACAUUCCAGAGGUUGACUGGAUCGUUCAGUAUGACCCACCAGAUGAUCCAAAGUUGGUUCCAGCGAUGCUCAAGAGGAAGUUAGAGUGGCAUUUAGGAUACAUUCACCGUGUUGGUAGGACUGCCCGGGGUAUAAAUGGAAGAGGACAUGCUCUGCUGAUUUUACGUCCGGAGGAACUGGGUUUCUUGCGUUACCUAAAGCAAGCCAGGGUACCAUUAAAUGAAUUUGAAUCCUGGUCCAAAAUUUCUGACAUCCAAUCUCAGCUGGAAAAAUUGAUCGAGAAGAACUACUUUCUUCACAAAUCUGCCCAAGAAGCUUACAAAGCCUAUAUAAGAGCUUAUGAUUCCCAUUCUCUGAAACAGAUCUACAACGUCAAUAACUUGGAUCUGCUCAAGGUUGCGCUCUCUUUUGGCUUCAAAGUCCCACUUGUGGACCUUAAUGUAAACAGCAGCCACGGGAAGAGAUUGCAAAAGAGAGGUGGCGGUGGAGGGUUUGGCUAUCAGAAAUCAAAGAACGUCCAGAAAUCCAAAAUCUUCAAGCACAUUAACAAGAAACAAUCAGAUAGCAGGCAGUUUUCCCGCUGAGAUACUCGUUCCAUGUUCACAGAAAUGGCUUUUGAAAGUGACCCUUAACUUAAUUACUCUGUUAUCUGUGAAGCAAGGUGCAUUCAGUAUAGAAUUUGGUGUAGACUUUAAAGCACACACUCUUAGGGCACAGUCCAGUCCUCUGAUCAUUGUACCUAUGCAUGGAAGAUUCCUUUUUAGCUUUUCCCACUUCUUCCAGCCUAUGCUCACAUGAAUUGGCUGCAUUUCUCUUACCUGGGAAAAUAGAAUGCCUCUUCCUGUGUCCUCUGUUCCCCUCUGCAGUGCAGGAUAUUAGUAUUCUUGAUAUACGCCUUGGCUGACCCUUUGGGAUCCUCCAGGAGCUAACACUAUGGCUACAAUGGACUGGAGCGCAAGUCUCUAUCCACAGUGACAAUAUGUGGCACUUUUAAAAGUGUGUUCUAUUUUCUUCCAUGGACUCCCCAGGCAUCUCUCAGAAUUUUUAGGCUGUAUGUACACUGAUUUUGCAAGAGGUGAUUAAUACAAUUCUUUUUUAUGUACUCUCUAAGUUUUUGUA